UCACAUGAAGAGAGACCUGCAGAGGAAACACGCAUACCGAUUAUUGUGUUUACCAGCUAUUCAUCGAGAAAGAUAGGCGUCGGCAUCUCAAGUGGUUUUCUACACUAUCAACCUCCUGACAUGGCUGAGCCACGAAGCCCGGUGUGUGCAUCUGUACCCCACACUCCAAUGGUGUUGCCCACCCCUGAGGGCUCCACUCUAGAAAUGGACCCAAUGGAGUACACGCUUCGUAAGCGCCUGCCUCGCAAACUGCCCAAACGACGAAACGAUGUUUAUGUCAAUAUGAAAACAGACUUCAAGGCCCAGCUGGCGAGGUGUCAGAAGCUUCUGGAUACUCACAGGGAAAUCUGCAUCCACGGUCUGGGUCUGGCUAUUAACCGGGCCAUUAACAUCGCCCUGCAACUGCAGACGUCCAGCCAGGGUGCGCUGCAACUGGCGGCCAACACAUCCACUGUGGAACUGAUUGACGAUCUGGAGCCCGAGGAUCCAGAUGAGGCUGGAGAGCCACUCACACGCACCCGCAAUAACUCUGCCAUCCAUAUCAAGGUGUUUUAUCCUAAUCCGUAAAGCCAGCACAAUGCGUGGGACUUCAUGAAUAUUAUUUGAAAGUUUAUGGUGUUUAGCAGUGCUUUAAAGGAAUGCAUGUCUUAUGUCUUGCGUACUGGUCCAGAGAAACAAGAAAUUCUGGAAACUGAUUUUGCCUAUUAAAUUCAUUGUUGUGCUGUUAUGAAAUGUUUUACUUUUACUUCAACAAACAAUAAAUGACCGGAAAUGUGCCAUA